GUGUGUUGUGUUUAUCUUUUCACGAGCCGGCUGUCAGUGUUGUUAGCUACUAGUGCUGUUAGCGAAAGAGUAUCAACACCACAAAAAUGUCUGGCGGAACCCGUCUGGAAAACGCCAACCCAGUGAUAUUCCAGCGAUCCGGCGAGAGGCUACAGACAGCCGCCGACGAGGAUGAAGACGUGUGUGACCCCAUCGACGACAGAGAAAUAUUCGAUUUGAUCAGAUCCAUCAAUGACCCGGAACAUCCGCUCUCCCUGGAAGAACUCAACGUGGUGGAGCAAGUUAGAGUCAAAGUGAACGAUGCGGACAGUACCGUGGGUAUCGAAUUCACUCCCACCAUCCCCCACUGUAGCAUGGCAACGCUCAUUGGACUGUCAAUCAAAGUCAAGCUGCUGCGUUCUCUGCCGGACCGCUUUAAAAUUGACGUGCACAUCACGCCGGGGACGCACGCCUCAGAGGAAGCAGUGAAUAAGCAGCUGGCCGACAAAGAGCGAGUGGCGGCAGCUCUGGAGAACUCGUCUCUACUGGAGGUGGUUAACCAGUGUCUGUCCUCCAGGAGUGUCUGAACAAGAAGAAGCCUUCAGCUGUGUUUUCUGGUGAUAGGAAAGAAUGUGUUCACCUGAGGAUGUGAAUUACAUGGCUGUGCAAGGCAGAUAUCAGCAGUGUGGAAAAGUGAGGCUCUCUGCUUGCUUGGCUUCCAGGUUUAAAACACACUGAGACACUUUAUUAGGUACACUUGCACCAUCAAAUAACUUCAAAUGCUAACCUCUUGUAUUGCAUCUCUUUAGAGCAGAUGUUCCCAACUUGUUUUUAUAUGCACAUCCUGAGAAAAACUUAAGUAUGUUCUGCUAAAUAAUAUUCAGUUUCAUGGAAGAAGGUUAAUUUGUAGUAAAAUUGGAAAAAAGCAUAUAGUAAUUAAAUCUAAAUAUUUACACAUCCACACACAGUUGGGGCGCAUUGCAUUAGAGGUCUGCAAGUGUACCUAAUGGUGUGGCUAUUAAUAUGAGGUAUUUUUACAUGCAUUUUGCAUAAAUUUAACUAUCAAGUCUAAUAUUAAAAAAAAAACAUUCAAGUAUACACCAAUAUAAGAUUGCCUUUUUUCUGCAGUAGGCAUUGGCAUGUCUAAAACAAUGAGUGUGCUUGCACAACUUUUUACGCAAACCUACCCUGACAGUGUUUUAUAAUAUUGCAUA